GUAGUGAGGUCAAAUCUUGAUAGAAUUUUUGAAUUUAGUCCCGCUGCGAGUGUCGUAUUGUAAGCAUCAUGCUGACUCGAAACGUUUGUAUCGCGAUAUUUGUUGAAUAAUUUUCGUUUUAUAAUUUUUCUGGAGGAUUUUUUGUUGGUUUUUUUUGGGGAAAGAAUAGCGAGAAAUGAUAUUGUUUCUGUUGUGAACAAAAUGUUUGAGAAAUGAGAAUUUGCAAUGAAUUUUACAUUCAAUUUUUUUAUGAUUUUAUUUGUUUGAAGCUAAAAUAAUUGACGGAAUUUUCGUUUUCACAGAUCUUGUGUCAUACUUGUGUGUAAAUUGUGUGGUAAUAGAAUUACCAAAAUUGUGUUUUGAAUCCAAAAAAAAGAAGAAGAAUUCUGUGUUUUCGUGACUGAUCGACUUUACGUUGACAGUAGAGAGAAAAGAAAUAAUAAAAAAUUGCGCAAUUUCGAUUUGGUGCAACAAUUUAAAGAAGAAAAUCGGGACAUUUAACAGCAAAGCGUUUACAGAGACAAAAACAAUUUAAAAAUGAUGAUGAACGCAUUCAUGGAACCCGCCGCUCCACCACAUCAUGCUCAUUUAGCAUCGUACGGUCUAAAGAUGUCACCCACUCAUCCGUCUAUGAUGCAAGACAAUACCAUGACAAUGGGCACCACACACACGGAUAUUUCGUCGUCAACCGGUCAACAUCCAUAUCAGACCUCGAAUUCCGGAUAUCCGACCCAUCCACAUCCCGCCUCACACAUGGGCCACAUAAAUGGUCCGCCAAUAUCCAGUUACUCGCGCGAUUUCUUACUUAAACGACCGGAUAAUGAAUACUUUCCAGCGCCGACAGGUCAACCGCAAAGCGAUUCGAUGCUAUUUCCAUCCAUCCAUCACACGCAUCCUAGUGUACACGACAAUCAAUUCGGCAAUCACAAUUUCCAGCAUCACCAAAUGCGUAUGGGCAUCGUACCGGAAUACAAUCCAUACCAUCAUCCGCACCAAACGAAUUUUCCGCCGGUACAUCAUCACAAUCUGACGAAUCUGCCAGUCAAUCCGAGUUCGUCGGGCGCAUUUUUUCGUUACAUGAGACAUCAGCCGGCGGCUAAACAGGAGAUGCAAUGUUUAUGGGUGGAUCAGGAAACGUCACCGCAUCAGAUCAAUCGUAACAAGCAGUGCGGUAAAAUGUUUAGCACAAUGAGUGAAAUUGUUGGACAUUUAACGGUCGAACAUGUUGGCGGGCCGGAGUGCACAACGCAUGCCUGUUUUUGGAUGGGAUGUUCGCGGAACGGUAGACCGUUUAAAGCAAAAUACAAAUUAGUGAAUCAUAUUCGUGUACAUACUGGAGAAAAACCGUUUCCCUGUCCGUUUCAUGGCUGUGGAAAAGUGUUUGCACGAUCGGAAAAUUUGAAAAUUCACAAACGGACGCAUACGGGUGAAAAGCCUUUCAAAUGUGAACAUGAGGGAUGUGACCGCAGAUUUGCCAAUUCAUCGGAUCGAAAGAAACACUCACAUGUGCACACGUCAGACAAACCGUACAAUUGCCGAGUGAACGGCUGUGAUAAAUCGUAUACUCAUCCGUCGUCGUUGCGAAAGCAUAUGAAGAUACAUGGUAGUGUGGGCGAAAAGUCUCCAACCCAUACAUACGAAAGCGAUGGUGAGGAAGACUCUACCUCAUCGAGUAUAAUAACUGGCGGCACACAAACACCACCGUCCCGUUUGGGCGAUAAUCAUUCACAUAAGACACACACGCCUCUCUCCAUCAAAUCGGAACACCAUUCACAGCACAAUAAAUCGCCGUUGACGGGCAGCAGUGCUAUGACCGCAAAUACGUCCCCAUACUUAGGAUCGCAUCAUCAAGCUACGUCGCCAACGGCAUCCAAUUCGCCAAUGCUAGUCGGUCAUCAUAAUCAUCAUCUGCUCUAUCACCAUUCACAGCAUCCGAACGAUUGGUACCAUUCAUCCGCCGCACCGACGGGCGAUGCAAUGAAUCAUCUGAAUCAUUUCAGUCAUCAUCAUCAUUUGGUGCAUCAUGGAGCGACCACAGCGUAUUGAAGUCAGGAGGAAUUAGAAUAUUUUCAUUGUAGUAAAUUGACGUGUGACUAUAAUUCAUGAUCAUGAGAUGAAAGUCAUCGUUCUGAAACAUCAGACACCAUCGAGUCGUUGGGCGUUUUUUUUUGCCGCCGUAUAAAAUUGCGAUUCAAAUGAGAACCAUAAGCCAAUAGAGGUUAUCGAUACUGGGCCUGUGAUAUCUAUUUGUGAGGAGUGCCAACUCGUAUGAUGGUUGGUAUUGGUUCAUUUUCGAUGACCGUUGAGAAAGCCUUUGCGUGUUUUUCGAAAUGUUGCCGAUUGAUCACAUCGAUAUUCCACUGUGAGUUCUUGGCUGGAGAAAUUGAAGAAGUUAUCGAACCUCAGCGGUCUGAAUUCAAAGACCUGCUUGAAAUUAGAUUGCUCAAAUGGAGUAAUUGGGGUCGAGGUGGGAACUGAGGAGAGUAUACAAUCAUCUCAACAGAAUAGACAGGUCAAAAGACCUUAUAGAUUCUUGUGGUCUAGCACCUGAAACCGAUCCUUAGGCAUUGCCAUCUUUACACCGGCCUUAGGCUUUGCAACCUUGAUUGUUAUAGAUAAAAGAUAGGGAUAAAUAUCUGUCGUUUAAAGUUGGAAGGCGCAUUAACGGCUUUCUAUUCAAAAGUAGGAGAUUCUAGUAUUAAAAGAAGUAAGACUCGGGGGUAACAAAGGAUAUUUUAUCUGUGUUUUUGCUUCAAAACGAUUGAAGUCGCCGUCAAUCUAACGGUCCAUAAUAUCGUUAAGCCUAAUUUAAAUUUAAAGAAAUUAGUUGAACAAGUUUCCUUGCACUUUCUAUAACCGAAUUGCCCUCUAUGGGAUGAUGAUCUGUUCUUCAACAAAAGAGUUACAAAAGUAAACAUGUUCCGAAAAAUUAGGGCCAUAACCUGUACAGUGGCAGACAUACGUCAGUACUUAUAAGCUAGCUUCCUAAUCUAUUCUUCGAAAAACGAGAAUCAAACGUUGUUCAUGUGAAGAAAUUUCCGUUUAAACGUAUUAAGGUUAUGUGACCCCCACCACUUUGUUAGAACGGCGAACCACUAAACUUUUCGUUUCGGGUAUGUUUCGAAAAAAGCCAACGAAAUUCAGACAUGACAUGAUUUAUCGAUUCACAUUAUUUUUUUCAAGCUUAAAAAAACCGAUUCGUGCCUGCGCUUUUCAUCAAUGUAAAAUUUUUAGUAUAAAAAUAGUGAAAGAAAAACAAAAACAAAGUUUGAAAAAUCAAAUUAUUACUAUACGAGAACACAAGUCAUUAUACGAUUUUAUCAAAA